AUGGCACAAGCGAAGAAGUUGCAACGACUUCAAGCGCUCCUCCAGACAACGAGCCAUGGCACAGUGAUGAAGAAACUGAAAGAGAUGGGCCGACUCAUCGAGAUGAUGGACCAGGACCUCUUCAAGGACACGGAGCUGGUGGCCUCCAACACAACCACCCUGGCACUUGCAGCAGCACCGCCACUGCCGGACGAGGAGAUCAAGGUGGCCCGAUUCAAGAAGCUUCCGGACCGAUUGAUCCACCUCAUCCUGAGCCAGCUGAUGGAUGGCCCGACGUCUGAGGAGACCCUGCAGAGACUUGUUCCAGGCGACAAGCUGCAGCUGCUCAUGUAUGCGAUCGAUGCAUGCGAUGCAGACUUGCUUCCAUACAGCGAAACGG